AUGAUGCAGCGAUCAGUGGUCUGCAUUGUGGUCCUGUGUGCAGGUCUUGCGGGAGCUGUUCCUGCGAGGUUCACUGUCGAUGCCGAUGGGGUGCCUGGCAGUGCGGAGAUGCUUUCUGGCCGAGGACGACCAGAACAUGUCAUGCGACGGCAGCUUCUGGAGCAUAGAAGUGAGAAGAGCUCUGCUGGAAAGAUCCAUGUGGUGUAUUCUGCCGAUAGUGAUGUGGUUCCGGGCCUCAAAGCCUCCAUCGCCUCUUGCAUUGCAUCGUCUGCCUCACCCAGCGAACUGGUCAUCCAUGUUAUGGUGCAAAGCAAGCACCUGGAACGGCUGCGGCGUGAGUUGAGCAUCGAGUCGACCCAAAGGAUCACAUCUGCAGGUGCAGUCAUCUCCCUCCAUGAGAUACCGACCACCGUCGUGGAGGCGGACAGAGGCAAGAUACCAAUUCGGAUACGUCAGGAGCGUGGCGAGUUGGAUGACCCAGAGGUGUAUGCCAGAAUCUACAUGGACAAGAUCAUUCCGCAGAUGAAAUUCGCAGUUUGGCUUGAUGCCGACACCAUUGUCCAGAAGGAUGUGAAAGAGCUUCAGAAGAGACUGCAGCAAUCUGGAAAGACGAUUGGAUUUGUCUCCAGAAGCACCAAGAUGUAUCCAAAUUUCCUGACCGGCAAGUGCGCGCCGGAAUUGGAUGUGUCUUGGAGCAAGCUGAAGAACCUGACAGCAUACAACACAGGGGUGUUUGCGGUCAAUUUGGAGCGCUGGGCCGCCGUGAAAGCAGCCCCCCGCAUCGAGAAGCUGGUGCGGCUCCAAAACAGCUGUCCUGGUGGGCUUUGGAAGGGAGGUUCCCAGCCUCCUUUAACUCUGGCUUUCCAACUGCACGAUCCAAACCAUUCAGAUGACUUCAUCGUGUUCGAGAAGGAAUGGAACGCCUUGGGUUUCGGAUUAGAUCAGAAGAACAAGGACGAAACUGGGCAACUGCACAUUCUACACUGGAACGGCAUGAGAAAGCCAUGGAAGAGCAAUGGCUACAACAAGGCAAUCUGGGAGCCCUACUACCGCAGGUAUGACCACUUGUGA